UGUCUUUUAAGUUUUGCAUAUGGAAAUAAAACAAAACGGUAGGUAGUUUUAAAUGACUUUGUUGUUUUUCGAAGUAUUCUCCACGAAGAUUAAUACACAUCUGCAUGCGCUUGAACCAAUUUUCGAAGCACUUAUUCCACUCGUUUGCUGGCAGAUCCAAAACGGCAUUUUUGAAUGCGUCAACUGCUUCUUCUGGUGACUGGAACCUUUGACCACGCAGUCUCUUUUAAAUUUUCGGGAAAGUAAAGAAAUCGUUACGAC